UUUCUAUGGCAACGGAGAUUACACAGCUGAUUAUGCGGAUGGAAUACACUGGAAGUCGUGGUCAGGCAUUGGUACUCUCAUAGAACAGUUGUUAUGAAAAUUCUACCGACUGGUCCUGCUACAACUACAUCAUCUAUGGAACCAAAGACGAAACAUGAGAGAAACGAAAUGGCAAUAGUUUCAAAUGUAACACUCAUUGACUGCCAAGAUGUAGUGAACGCAGGAUAUACAGAAACUGGUGUUUAUGAAAUCUAUCCUGAAGGGUUGCCGUAUGGAACCCCAGUGUGGUGUGAAGUAGAUGGUAAUACUGGAUGGACCGUCUUUCAACGUCGUAUGGACGGCUCGCAAGAUUUCCACUUAUAUUGGGAAGACUACAAGCGUGGGUUUGGUAAUAUCAACGGUGAAUUCUGGUUGGGGAACGAGGCUGUACAUUUAAUUACGACCCGCAUUGGUAGACUGUAUGAACUUCAUAUUGACCUACAGAGAGAAGAUAAUGACCUUUGGUACUACGUGAAAUACUCUGAUUUCAAAAUUACUAACGAGGAUGAUAAUUACAGACUUCUAUAUAACCACUUUAUAGAGGGCACUGCUGACGAUGAUUUAGCAUAUCAGAAUAAUAUGCAAUUUACUACAAGAGAUAGAGAUAACGAUUUGUACACUUAUAACUGUGCUGAUUUUGAAUUUUCUGUCGGACUGACACCAAUGAAAGCUACGUUAGAGGCAACUAUGCGAGCACAAUUCUUUACUCGAUCGAUUGGUUAG